AUGGCUGACGACCUUGACUCCAUCGUCAAGGGCGCUUCGGCUGCCGUCCCGACGGUAAUCAAGGGCACCACACCUAUCUCACCAGUCCAAGGCAAGGCUGGGGAUCCCUUGAACAAUACCCCCAGUUCGCCUGCCAUGAUAUAUCUGAAUCUCCUCAUCCUUGAAGCCUCUCUACGCGCCCAAUACCUCGAACUGCGCGCCCGCAAGCGACACCAUACCUUCUUUGUUACCGUCCUCGCCCUCUGGGUCUCCUUCUUCGGAUACAAGCUCUACUUUGCUCCCCGUGAAGAUGGCCAGGGCGUCGGCGGCUCCAUCUACUGGGCCGUCGAAGGUGCGCAGAAGGUCUGCUUCAUGGGAGGCAUUAUUACAGCGAUGCUACUAUGGGCGACUGGCAUCUGGGAGCGCGGCAUUCGCUGGCCCCGUCGCUGGUUUGCCAUCUCGAACCGGGGUCUGCGGCCCUUCAAUUGCAAGCUCGUUGUGAUCCGCCAACCCUGGUGGAUGGAGGUUUUAUCUACAGUCGGAUUCUUUCUGACAUACGGCUUGUUCUCGCAUACGGCGAGCUCCUCAUACCGAUACGUUGAACCUUCGCUUCUGCGCGAGGUAGAAAAGGAAAUGGCCAUGUCGGGGGAUAGUCACCCCCUGCUGGUUCUCCCCCACGACGACACCAAGCACGGCCACGAAGAAGACUUGGCUCCCGGAGGCGACUACGUCAAGCUUUUGCUGCUGGCGAAGCCUUUCUCUCCCAACUUCCGCGAGAACUGGGAGCUGUACCGAACCGAAUACUGGGAGCGCGAGAACGAGCGCCGCGCGCUGCUCCGCCAAAAGGUCAAGGAAUACGACUUGAAGCUGUCUAAACAACAGUUUGGAUGGUUCUGGUGGCUUCCGUGGAAGCGUCCGCACCACAAGCGCGAGACAGCAUCCAAGUCUGGACACAAGGCGGUUGAUAAAGAACACCGGAGGCGAACCAGCAGCGUGCGCCGCUCAUCCGUCAGUUCAUCAAGGAGCUUUACGCCGUCUCUGGAUAUGGAUGAUGGCGUCCCGUCCUCGCGAAGGACUGGCUCCAUCUCCAGCAUGUCCGACAAGCGCCGCCGCAAGCCCAGCUCAUUGUCGAAGCCGAAGAAGCAGGGCACCGACUCCCGCUCUGUAACGCCCGACCUACCGUCGCCUUUAUCUCGAGAGAGCACAAACAAGUCAGAGGCUUCUCCUGACGCAGGACGUGUGCUUCGAAGCUCUGGCGGGGGAUCCAAGACCAACACGCCCAGCAAGGAGCGGAAGAGCAGCCCAUCCGAAUGA